GAGUUUUAAAUGGAAACGACAGCACUUCAUGUUUGUUGGGUGUACACAGAAGUAUCGUUGCAUCUUCCGCUUAUUUUGAUGCACACCGAAGUACUACUGCCUCCCUUAUUCAUCAUAGCAUGUUGGUAAGAGCUAGUUCACUAUCAGUUCAAAUAACUAACGUCACAACUACAACGCCAUCAUCGUCUGUGCUAUCAGCAAUUGACCAAGAGAAACCAUCCUUUGUUUCAUCUCUGGGAAUUUCCACUUCAAUAAACGCAGCGUCUCCACACCCAGUUGUUAUUAAUACCACUCCACGCUUCAAUUCAACAAAUCCGCUACACGGGAUGUCCAUCUCUUCUACUCUAUAUCGUAUAUCUACAAGAACCAGCCUGGUUCAUAUUAAUAUAUCACCAUCAAAAAGCGAAGUUGUUCUAAAAACUACCCACUCAACUUCUCUGGCUGUAAAUACUGAUCCAGUCGUACAGCGUCCCUUAGCAACACUCAACAUCACCUCUUGUCAAUACUUGUACUACAAGAUCCCAAAGGAUACGUUUUGGGAUAAAGAAGAUGGCAACAACCUGACCUUACGGCUGCUUACGGAGAGUUUCCGUGAACUCUCGAUUGACUCCUGGGUCAGCUUCGAUCCCACUCGUAAUAUUGUGUACGGUAUACCAGUCUCUCCGGAAAUUUUUGCCAAUAACCUUACGCGAGUUGAUUUCGAAUACAUAUUGUCAGCAGUUGACAGCAGCGGUCGUGAGGUAAACGCAAGUCUAACUUUGACGGUACACGAUGACCACACCCCAUCGGGUCAAGAAAUUUCAAUAGAAGUUAGAGACGCUUUGACCCAGUUCAAUCUCGUGCGGCUUUUUGAAGAUAUCAUCGGGUAUUUGUACAAUGGUGACAAGUCAACUAUGAAAAUUUUAAAUCUUAACCAAACUUCAACAAAAACACAGCUAACAUGGAGUGAUUGUAAAGCCGUUACAGACGUGUGUGAUGUCAGACGAGUAGAGAAAACUUUAAAUUUAAUCAGAAUUGAUGAGAGCUUCCUAAAUCCACAUUUUGUUAUCGCCCUAGUUCCUAAUGUCUUGCUCGAUGCUCGUGCUAAAAAGUUAGGAAUGUGUUUAAACGAAGCACCAGUGGCCAGAGGGGAGGAUAUACGUCUGAAUAUCACUUGUUGUGAGAGGUUCAGUUACGCCAUCCCACGUGAUCUUUUCCACGACAAAGAAGACGGGGAUGCUCGAAAUCUUUCGCUUAGCAUUCGUUACACGAGUGCUUCACGAUCACCUUCAGAAACUUGGAUCAUGCUGAACGACACUGCGAAAACCAUAGAGGGUGUAAUUGUUCUCGACGAAGCACGUAAACACUCUGGCCUUGUCUUUGAACAAUUUUACAUUAUCGCUACUGAUUCUGGUAGACUUGAAGCCAAUGCUUCCGUCACAAUAACUGUCUUGCAACCAUUGCCUACCUCCAACUACCAAAUCUCACUUUUUCUAAAGCGUCUUCACUCGUUUUCAACCCAAAUCGAAGAAAUACUCAACAUUAUUCAAAAAUUGAGUUUAUACUUUGACGGCGUGACAUCGGAUGAGGUUCGUGUUUUGUCGUAUUCCCGAGAAAAUACCGUCACUGUAUUUAAGUGGUCUCUAGCAGGACUACGACUCAAGCCAUGCGACUCGCUCGCUAUUGCAAACAUAUCACAGAAACUGAAAGCUGCCGAUGGCCAGGUUAAGGAUGAAUUUGAGAUGAUCAUGAUGCCAGAGUUUGAGGUUCAAUUCAUCUUUGAGGAAAGACAAGGACAUUGCAAGGAAGGCGCCAAUGAACCACCAAAUGUUCUUAUUCCUGUGCAUAAUUUACGUUUAAAUCUGACGUAUUUUGAAUAUAAAGUUCCAGUGCUCACUUUCAAUGAUCUUGAAGAUGGAAAUACAAGAAACCUGAAAUUGUCUUUGUUGUUGUCUUCGCUUGAACCGCUCUCUGCUGACUCGUGGAUCGUGUUUGACACUGGUAGACAAGCCAUAUAUGGAUUGCCUGAUGAAGCUGCCCUUCAGGCACAGCCCAGUGACGGGUACCGUUACGUGCUUGUUGGUCAAGACAGUGGCGGAAGAAUUGCAAGUUCUGUUGUAGUUGUUUAUCUUCCAGCGACAGCUCAACCUUAUAAUUAUCGUAUUUCCGCAAAUCUCCGCAGUUAUAUUGACGCCUCACUGCCGUGCGUGAACCACGUUAUUGAAUUUCUGAAAAAACUAAGUCUAUUUCUCGGUGAAGAUACAGAUCGUAUUCGAGUAAUCUCCUACAAUAUUUCAAAGACGUAUCCAGCUGACGUCACCGUUUCUUGGACCAAUCAAAGCGCUAAUUUUAACACAUGUGAUCACAAAAUGAUCCGAGACAGAUUCAAGCAAAUUACCAAUCCCGAAGGUGGAGUGACUCAAUCGUUUUCCGAAGCUUUGCUACCAUAUUUUCUUGUGCAAGAGAUCAGAUUAGAAUUCCUGGAAACGUGUAGUCAUAUAUUCUCAAAUACUCCACCAGUCCUGUUAUCACCUGUGAAAUCUCUAAAUAUCCUUCUCUAUCAAGCACUACGAUUCCAGCUGCCAGCUAACUUGUUUUAUGACAAAGAAGACGGGUAUACAAAGAAUCUCUCGGUGACUGCUCUAGAUCAGUUUUUCAAACCGUUUAACAGGUCUUCAUGGAUUCAAUUUGACGCAACGACUCAACAGCUCUAUGCCUUGCCAACGUCAAUUGUUGCUAAGGAACAACCAACCGACGGCUACGACAUAAACAUCGUUGCUAUGGAUAGCCACUCCAACACGGCAAAUGCUACCAUACGUAUCAUUGUUAAUGACACCUUUGAUGCUGUGAAUUUCGUGAUGGAAUUCAAUAUGGCUUACAAUACCAGCCAGAAACAUCAAGAUAUUGACUUAGUAUUAAAAUUUCUAGACAAGGUAAAGGCUUUCUUAGGAAACUCUCAUAUUAUUGUCACGAGUUACUUCAAGGGCAAUACGACUUUAAAGGUUGGAAUAUCAGAAAUGGUCUUUCGUGGACUUGAAUGUAAUUUCGCAGAACUCCAGGAAAUCAGGCGCCAUUUGUUGAUCCAAGAAAACAGCAGUGAAAUUGUAGGAGAGAGAAUGAAUUCUACGAAGCCUCGCCAUAACUUUCAACCAAGUAAAAACUUUACCAGAGCGAUGGAGCCAGAUUUUCUAAUAUUAGGUGUAACGGAAUACAAAACAGGAUCUUGUUCCAACACACCGCCGAUUCUUCUUCAUCCAAUCCCACAUUUUGUCAUUCCAACACACGGAUUCUUUUCCAUCGUUCUACCAGUAAGAACAUUUUAUGAUGCAGAAGACGGAUUCACAUCUAACCUCAGUCUUACCAUGUUCAGUUCAUCUGGGAAUAUUCUACCACCGGAAAGUUGGUUGCAAUUUAAUGACACCACGGACGAACUAUACGGAGUUGUUACAAAUAAAAUAAAGUCAAACGAGAACUACACAUUCCUUCUGAAAGCUGAAGACAGCUAUGGCUUGAAAGCGAACGCAAGUUUCACUGUAGAGCUCACUUCGAGGCUUCAAAACAUUGGUUUUAAAAUGAACGUAAUAUUUAGAAGUAAUUUCUCGUCCAUCGUUUUUCAUGUCGAUAUCAUGAGACUUUUUCUUUUUAAAGCAGCAAGUUAUUUUGGUGGAAAUAUCAGCCUUGACGUCUUAUCAUACGAACGAGGUUCUGGUGUACCAUCUACUGAUAUCCUAUCCUGGAGUGUUUCAGAACUGGAUUACGAGAAUUGUGAUCUGCCGCGUCUGCACGAAAUUUCCGAGAAGGCGCGCUCCGACAAUAAUCAUCCAAAUGCCGAAUUCGGACGGGCAUUGCUUCCGGAGUUUGAAAUAUUGAUGGUGUUUGAACAGAGGCUGGGAUCUUGCGCAGAUGCACUAAACUCUUUACCAAUGGUGGUCGUUCCAACUCUGAGUUUAAACGUCACCACAAUUCCAACAGUUUUUCAUUACGAAGUUCCAAGAAAUGUGUUUUCAGACGCAGAAGAUGGGGACACCAGGAACCUAACUCUGACAUUGUUGGAUGAGGAUAACAAAGUGGUUCUAAGAAACUCAUCUUUACAGCUCGACCAAUCCCUGCAAGUGUUGUAUGGGAUUUUCACAGAGAGUGAUUUGAGGACAAAUUCUCGUGUCGUGAAAAGGGACAUAAGUCCUAGUUCAAUUUCCAUGAGAUUUGUCUUACUAGCAACAGAUAGUGGUGGAAAGACAGCCAGUAGUCUCUUUAAUAUAAAUCUUGAAAACAAUAUUAUAUCACAAAACUUUGAAUUAUAUUUGACCUUCACGAGUUAUCUUAGCUCAUCCUCACCUGACGUCAAACAUCUUAUAAAUUUCCAGGAGAAAUUAAAUGGUUUUGGAGCCUUUCGUGGGAUGCAAGUUGCGAGCUAUGUGAGAUCCUCAGGUUAUCCUGCGAAAUUCCAGGCUGGUUUUAUUAACUCGACCUCAAAUGUCAGUCAAAGUGUCUGUGAUUUCUCGGUAAUUUCUGGAGUAACAAAUACAUUUGAAGAUUCUUUAAAGAACCUCAAAAGCGAGUUUACUGCAAGAUUCCUACCGGAAUUCGUUGUUCAAGAAUCGUACAUUCAAAGACACGGGCCUUGUCUGAAUCCUCCAAAUAACCCGCCAAGAGUCACCAAGGUGAUUCCUACUAUUGACAUAACAAUUUGUGAAAUAUUGAAAUUUCAAAUACCGGAGGAUACGUUUCAUGACGAAGACGGCAACACCAGAAACUUGAGUCUGAAUUUGGAAAGUGUUUUACCUCAAAAUUCAGAGUGGGUAUAUUUCGAUUAUCUCUCGCAAAUAAUUUAUGCUGUUCCAACAUUAAAUGCUGUUGCAAACCAGCCUGAUGGUGGAUCAAUCUUUAAGCUGACUGCGGUAGACUCGCAUGGAAGAAACGCAUCCAUAGAUUUGAUUGUGUCAGUGAAGGAUACAAUUCUUCGGGACAGCUACAGGACAAGUGCUAUUGUUCAAGUCCCUUCAUUGGCUCUCUCGAAAGAAAAUCUAGUUUUAAAAACAAUCGAAUUUGUCGAGGCAACUGAGCGCUAUCUUGAUGGCUCAAUGAGAAAUGAAAUUCGUGUUGCAGAGUUUACCAAGAUUUCACAAUCAUUGUUGAAAGUUGUGUGGUCAUACUGCUCUCUUCGUUACUCGCCGUGUGAUUAUCAGAACAUCGAAAGAAUCCGACAAGCGACGAUUCAUAGCGGAACCUUACCACAUCCAAGAUUCAUCCAAUCUCUUGCGCCGGCGUUAAUCGUGGAUAGCGUGGAAGACGAGAUGCGUGGACCGUGUUUGAACCAACGACCUACGGUGUUGCAUCAGUUGGAACGACUCAAUAUAACCCUGUGUAGCAGCCUUUUAAAAUACCCCAUUCCCUACAACACAUUCUUUGAUAAAGAAGACGGGUACACUCCAAACUUGACUCUAUCUUUAUUGUCCUCAACAUCUACUCCUCUGAGCGACAACUACUGGAUUACACUGGACCAUUCUCAAACUAUCGUAGCGUACCCGAAUGUGGAUGCUUUCAAAUCCCAACCGAAAUCUGGGUACGAGUUUUUAAUAAACGCCAGGGACAAAUACGGGUUGAGCACGAAUUUACCAAUAAAGAUUUUCCACAAAGGUGAGAUACCACAGAGUACAUACGAAGUCACGUUGGUAUUACAAGCAAAGUUUGGAAAUAUGAGCCGUUCUGUUGAUCAAAUGAGGAUUAUAUUGCCAGCUCUAGCAGGUUUCAUGGGUGGAACUGAUCUGGACCCCAGCGGCUGUGACAUAUUAGGAAUCACAGAGAUUUCAAAGCGUUUAAGGAACGAUGGAAAGAUAUCAGAACAACUUAGGGAAGCUUUCCGCCCAAACUUCGACGUGCAAUUUGUGUUUGAGCAAAGAUUUGGAUCGUGUGUGGAUGAUACUAACCAUCAGCCUAAAGCUAAACACUCUCUUUACCAGCUAACGAUUAAAAACUUUUGCGGAGUGUGGCAGUUUCAAAUACCGUCUGAUUUCUUUCAUGACACUGAAGAUGGCGGAACAAGAAACCUGACACUUUCGUUAAAAACAAUCCACUCGCUUGAAAUCACACAUUCGUGGAUUCAACUGAAGCAGGAAAACCAGACCUUGUACGGGUUUCCUGCUAUGAGCAAUUCCAGUAAUUCAAGUACUACGACCAGGGAGGUGUACAUCUUGAUAGCAGGGGAUUCACAGGGAAAGUUUGCGACAAUGAGGCUGGAGAUUAUCUUUGGUGAUAGAACUCCAGAUGUCCAUUACGGAGUGUUGAUAAAUGUCUAG